CAAGUCCCUAUUUCACUUUCAGCGUCAUUCGCCAGGAAAAAUUUCAGUCGUUUUUUUUGGAGAGGAAAUAAAUUGCUUGCAAAUUUUAAUAUGUACUCAGGUUAAGAUGGAAAAUUGGAUAAACUUCCGUGUGAAAAUUCACAAUUGCAGUGAAGAAGUGCAAAAGUAGUCGAAUAUCGGUUGUUGUGUCGAAUUUUUCGUUGCAAAAAUAUACGCAUGUGAAAAUCCGCCAUUGUGAAGUUGGACAACGAAGUAGAAAAUAUUAAGAAGAGAACGAACAAAGACGACGACGACAAAAAAUAGAAGCUUGGUUGUGAUUGCGCACACGCGAAAAAUUGUGCAAAAUAAUAAAAAUCCGAUUGAAUGUGAAGAAAAUUCUGAAAUUGAAUACAAAUAUGCAAAAUAAAUUAGUUCAGUGAUUGUUGAUGAGGAAUUUGAGAAGAUUUUAAGAUUUGAUGCUUUGAAAGUUUUGAAAAACACGCGAGAAAAAUAGCGACAAUAAAAAGUGGGCAGACAGCAGAACAGCAGCAGAGAAAGCGGUGAAAGAAACAUAAUCUGGCUGCAUGGACUGAGUAGUUCCAUUUGGUUGGAAAGAGGCGAGCAAUAAGAAGAAGAGUAACGACUACGACGACGGCGGCAACCAGACACAUCUCUAGCGACUUCUCUGCAGCAUAAAACGACAAGCCGACGACAUACGUUUACGUCGAAGCCUUUAGGAAUUGGAAGAAGAAAUUAGUGAGAAGACCAUUUGGAAGUUCCUUUCCGGGAGGUGUGGAGAUUGUUUGAGACGUCUCCGUUGCCCCCUCACAGAGAACAUUUUUAUUUGUGUGCUUCCUGUUACACUAUACAACAGGGGACAGCACCCUUUUGUGAAAAAUACUUGCCGUCACAAAACUAAUACCACAAGAUUGUAGAAAAUAUAGCUCCACAGAAGCGGAAAAAUGUAUCCUACACCGGUGAGGCACCCUUCGGCGGGGGUAAGUGAUAUGCAAACGGUAAAAACUCACUCACUUCACCUCAGCACCCACUCAUCUACUGCUAGUCACACUACCCCAACUCCCACUCUGCCACCCAUUCAUGGCCCGCCACCUCAAGGACCUCUUAAAUUUACUAUAGUGGACACAUUGGAGCGCAUCAAAGAAGAAUUCAAUUUUUUGCAGGCUCAGUAUCACACACUAAAACUAGAGUGUGAAAAAUUGGCUAAUGAGAAGACCGAAAUGCAACGUCAUUAUGUGAUGUACUAUGAAAUGUCUUACGGGCUAAAUGUCGAAAUGCAUAAACAGACGGAAAUUGCAAAACGCUUGAACACACUUAUUAACCAACUGCUGCCCUUUUUACAAGCCGAUCACCAGCAACAAGUCUUGCAGGCGGUAGAACGUGCGAAGCAAGUCACGAUGCAGGAUUUAAAUCUUAUCAUUGGGCAGCAACAUCAGCAGGGAUUGCAGCAAUUUUUUCAACAAAUUCAUGUGCAGCAGGUACCGGGGGGACCACCGCAGCCAAUGGGUGCUUUAGGGCCACUUGGAGGACCAUUUGGUGCUUUGGGUGCAUCUAUGGGCUUACCACAUGGACCACAGGGUUUGUUAAAGGCACCACCAGAACAUCACAGACCAGACAUUAAACCAACGGGAUUGGAAGGACCGGCAAGUGCUGAAGAACGACUGCGAAAUUCGGUUUCCCCAGCAGAUCGUGAAAAAUAUCGCACACGCUCUCCACUUGAUAUCGAAAAUGACUCUAAACGUCCCAAGCAAGAAAAACUGGAGGAUGAAGGAGAGAAAAGCGAUCAAGAUUUAGUCGUAGAUGUUGCAAAUGAAAUGGAAUCACAUUCUCCUCGGCCAAAUGGCGAGCACUUGUCCAUGGAGGGUAGAGACCGAGAAAGUUUGAAUGGAGAACGGUUGGAUAAACCGGGUAGCAGCGGUGUGAAACCACCAUCAGAGAGACCACCUUCACGCUCAGGCUCAAGCUCGUCACGAUCAACGCCCAGCCUUAAGACAAAAGAUAUGGAUAAGCCUGGUACUCCAGGUGCAAAAGCACGCACUCCAACGCCCAACGCAGCGCCGCCAGCACAGGGCGUUAAUCCCAAACAAAUGAUGCCGCAAGGAGGUCCUCCGCCGGCUGGCUAUCCAGCGUCCCCAUAUCAGCGACCAGCCGACCCAUACCAGAGACCACCCUCCGAUCCGGCUUACGGAAGGCCACCGCCUCUACCAUACGAUCCACAUGCGCACGUUAGAACCAAUGGCAUUCCACAUCCGACUGCGCUUACCGGUGGAAAGCCUGCUUAUUCCUUCCAUAUGAAUGGUGAAGGUAGUCUACAACCCGUUCCCUUCCCUCCAGACGCCUUGGUGGGUGUCGGAAUACCCAGACAUGCACGCCAAAUAAACAUGUUGUCACAUGGAGAAGUUGUUUGCGCAGUCACCAUUUCAAACCCCACAAAAUAUGUGUACACCGGCGGCAAAGGCUGCGUGAAAGUGUGGGAUAUAUCGCAGCCUGGUAAUAAGAGUCCAAUUAGUCAGCUGGAUUGCUUGCAACGCGACAACUAUAUUCGAUCAGUAAAACUACUGCCCGAUGGAAGAACAUUAAUUGUAGGUGGAGAGGCGUCAAAUCUAUCCAUUUGGGAUCUUGCCAGCCCCACUCCCAGAAUUAAAGCUGAAUUAACAUCAUCUGCCCCAGCUUGUUAUGCCCUGGCAAUUAGUCCGGAUUCGAAGGUUUGCUUCUCGUGUUGCAGCGAUGGCCACAUAGCUGUUUGGGACUUGCACAACGAAAUAUUGGUACGCCAAUUCCAAGGUCAUACAGAUGGUGCGUCUUGUAUUGACAUUAGCCCAGACGGUACCCGAUUGUGGACCGGUGGUCUUGACAAUACCGUUCGUUCAUGGGACUUGCGAGAAGGCCGCCAGUUACAACAACAUGAUUUCAGUUCACAGAUUUUCUCAUUGGGAUAUUGUCCCUCAGGAGACUGGCUGGCAGUUGGUAUGGAAAAUUCACAUGUCGAGGUUCUGCACGCAUCAAAACCGGACAAAUACCAAUUACAUUUGCACGAAAGCUGUGUGUUGUCAUUGCGUUUUGCCACCUGUGGCAAAUGGUUUGUGUCCACAGGCAAGGAUAACUUACUCAAUGCUUGGAGAACACCUUAUGGAGCAAGCAUAUUCCAGUCAAAGGAAACAUCCUCAGUACUUAGCUGCGACAUAUCAACCGACGACAAGUACAUCGUGACGGGAUCCGGAGACAAAAAGGCCACAGUUUACGAAGUAAUGUACUAAAUGAAAAAAUUCUUCUCCAAUAGCAGCAUGCACAUACCUACACGACCUGUGGUCUUCAAUUUCAAAUUGUGUCUUUUGUAAUUCACUUUUUUGUAUUCUUCGGAUCAUUUGAUGUUGAUUGAUUUCAGUUUCAUUCGAGUACUAGGACGCUCGAAGAUACACAACUAUCACUGGGACAGCUAGCUAUUGCAGUCAAUGACACUAGAAUGAAUGUAAAGUGAAGAAACAACAACAACAACGUUACAUACAUUCACAUCAAAAUCAACAUCCAUUUAUAAAAUACACAUAAAAACGCGAAAGUAUAAGCAUCAACAUAAAAACAUUUUGAUUAUAAAUAUACAUACAUAUAAAACAAUUCUUUCUUAGCUCUUAAGUGCAGUACUUUAAGUCUUUAAUAACACAAAAACAAAAGCAAAGUUUAAACAUAUUGCAAAACGAAAUCCGCAAUCCCUUGUCUGUGUAUAAUUAAAAACAGUAAUAAAAACAGAAGCAGUAAUAAAAACAGCAAAUGUCACAUAAUCGAAAUUUGCUUACUCAUUUCGUAAUGAUUGAGUUGAAAAUUCACGUAAAAUGUCACGAAAGAAAAAACAUUUUAAUUUACUUAUAAAUAUAGAUUUAAAAACCGAAAAAAAUCAAUGUUGAAACAGACAAACUGACCUCCUUAGAGAAUUUGUUUUAUUUUUUCUUUGAAGGAAACCAAUGCUCUCAGUUAUAUUUCAUUGCAGUUUAUAUUGUUAAAAAUCUUUCUACUUUUACUCUUAAUUUUGUAACGUAAUUUUAAAGCACACACAUAAAAUAAAGUUUUAAACAUAAAGAAAAGGA